AAGAGGGAGGGGCAGCUACUUGGUGGACUUUUGUGGUUCUUGCAGCAGCGUCACAGCUACUUGCUCUCGACAGUGUGGCAUCACUCUCAUAUUACACAAGGCGAAAAGCGCUCCAGCCAAAUACUACAGUAUGUAUGAUUGGAUUUAUUUCACAGGUAUAAGGGUUGGCCUUCUUUUUGAAAAGUUUUUCUUUACUUCUUGAAUUGGUUGUUUGUUUCACUAUCCUCUCCAUGGAUGUAUAAAACUAAGGCAAAAUAAGCAAAAAGGAUUGUAAAGUAUUUUUUAUUUUAAUUUGUACAUUUUGGAUGCAUUGCACUGACAAGACAACAUGUUGUUGUCAGCGACAUUAGAGGAACUUCUCACCAACCUUUUUUGUCUUUGGAGACAGACAUCCAUAAACCACUGGUAGUGUUUGUAGGAUCUGGACACUGGCCAGUGAUACAUGAAAGCUGUUUUACGUUUGCUUUGAAUGAAUAGAAGCGAGAGGAUGUGACAUAGAGAGACCAAGUUCUUGUGAGUUUGACUUUAAAAAUGCUGGUACAAAAUGUAUUUUUUUACCCUUAAUACAUGAAAAAUAUAUUUUCACUUUGUGUAUCUCUCUGCUUAUGAAGAUGGAUUUCAACUUGAGUAGCACAGUGCUCUAUGCGGUCAACAGCACUGUGACCCCCUUCCUCAACAAUACAGGACCCUACCAUCCUGCAGCGGGACCCUGGAGUUUAUUACUGCUGGUGAUAAUCAUCAUGACCAUCGUGGUGGGCAACCUGCUGGUCAUCAUCGCUAUAGCACGCACAUCCCAGUUACAGACUAUAACUAACAUCUUCAUCAUGUCCCUGGCCUGUGCUGACCUCAUCAUGGGGGUCCUGGUGGUCCCUCUGGGGGCCACCAUAGUGCUGACAGGGAACUGGCAGCUGAGUGACACCUCUUGUGAGCUCUGGACCUCCGUAGACAUGCUCUGUGUCACGGCUAGCAUUGAGACUCUUUGCGUGAUUGCAGUGGACCGCUAUAUUGCUAUUACAAGGCCCCUCAGGCACAAGGUUCUGCUUAAUAAGUGGCGUGCCCGGUUAAUAGUGUGUGUGGUUUGGAUUGUGUCUGCUCUGAUAUCCUUUGUGCCCAUCAUGAACCAGUAUUGGCGAGCAGAGGAUGACCCGGAGGCCGUGCUGUGCUAUCAGGACCCUGCCUGCUGUGACUUUUUGAUCAACCGGACCUUUGCCAUUAUAUCCUCUGUAGUGUCAUUCUACAUCCCUUUGCUCAUAAUGAUAUUUGUCUAUGCCAAAGUCUUCCUUAUAGCCACACGACAGGUACAGCUCAUAGACAAGAUCCGUCUGCGCUUCCAGAGUGAGUGCCCAGUCCCCCAGACGCAACAGCUGAGCCACCACAGUAACAACAUCCUGCCCUUGGGCUAUGGAGGCUCCUGCAGCAGAAGCAGCACCAGCUCAGCUCGCAAGAGGAGCUCCAGGCGAAGGCCUUCACGGCUAACGGUUAUCAAGGAGCACAAGGCCCUCAAGACCUUGGGCAUUAUCAUGGGCACCUUCACCCUCUGCUGGCUGCCUUUCUUUGUGGCUAACAUAAUCAACGUGUUUGACAGGAAUGUGCCCCCUGGAGAGAUCUUCCGCCUGCUCAACUGGCUGGGCUACAUCAAUUCUGGCCUCAACCCCAUCAUCUACUGCAGAAGCCCUGAGUUCCGCACUGCUUUCAAGAACCUACUGGGCUGCCCCUGGUUUUCCACCCCACGAUUUAACAUCUUCUACAAGGAGCUGCGGACACGAUGCCCCUGCUUCCUGGGUUCGGCUGAGGCAGGGGCGGCCUCUUUUCAGAAGCCCCCUGCUGCUGCCACGCCUGAGGGUGAUGAGAGCAUGGCCAGCAGUCAGAGCAGCUAUAAGAGUUUGGAACCUUCCCCAGGACCCCCACACUCCAACGGCAUCACACAGUUCAGUGACUUCUCAGAACCAGAAAAUUAAUUUUUCACAUUACAGGAUGGGUGAAAGAUUUGGAAACAAAUCUCAAGAAAUUAAAAACAUCAAAAGGCCAACCCCAACAGUGACGUUCACAACUGACUGAGCAGAGAUUGGAAUGGCUAAGAUGAGACUGCACGAAGAACAACCUAAUAAUGCAGAUGCACUGGCCCUGGUGAAUAUGGGCAAGGAAGAUUUACAAAACCCCGAGGAGGAGAACUGGACUGGGCAGUUUGGGUUGGCUGGAUAUUUGGGAGCGGCACCAGUUUAAAGGUCCAGAUCACAAGACUUGAAGACUAACUGUGUCAACACAGCACCCUGAGGAAGACGGUUCACUGCAACCCAGCAUUAAACCAUCAUCAUGGACUGAGGUAUCCUGGCCUUGUCUGCCACCAACACGCUCACAGCAUACUGUGUACAAUAGGAUGGACUCUUUCUUUACAACCAGGAAUGAUUGCAGAUGUGUAACAGUAAUACACCGUAGAUAUUCAUGCACAAUGUGUGUGACCUCUGGUGUAAAGUGGGCAGUCAGAAUAAAUGGUGUACAUUAUCU